UGUUGCAUUGAACGCCAAAGAUCAGGACUUCAUUUUUGGAAAAAUAUCAAUGAUUUUUAUCAGUCAUACACAAGUGCACUUUGUGGUUGACAUGCUUCAGUCAGUGCUUUUGAUUGAUCUUGGACUUCAUUGCCUAGGAAAUUCAGAAGAAAAAUUCAUGUGUGUCCAUGCUGACAGUUUGUGCGAUUACUAUCCUCUUCCAAUAUAUCAAGCUUCAGGACUAAAUGUUGUCUCCCUGCAUCAUGCAAUAUGCUUUGUCUAAAUCACUACAGAUAUGGAUACUGAAAGCUUUCGAUGUGAAAUUAAAAAGACAUUACCUGAACUGGAGGAUGAGACGUUGAGGACACUUGUUGCACACCUGAUAGAUGUUAUUGGUGUCAGAAAAAGAGAAGACCUUAUAUUUGUUGGAUCCGAUGACAUUACACUUUUUCUGACUCCAAUACAGAGCCGAAAACUCAUCCAAGCUUUCAAAAAUGAAGCAAAUGGGCAAGUGGCCUCAACUUCUUCAGAGGGUCAGGAACCUCGUGUUUCACUCCCCGUACUUAUACUGCCAGAUGGAUUUUCACCCAGUGCCACACAAAUUUCUCCACUCCCUUCUGAACGACAAACUUCCUCAAACCAAAACAAGUCCUGGAUCAGCAGCUUCCAAGUUCCAUGGGACAAAAUGCCAGCACGACUGUUACAGGCAAUGGAAAAAGGUUGCUUGGCUCACCCAGAGGACAGAAGGGUACUGAUUAGAGUUGUUGUUGAAGCAAUGCAAGCACACUGCAAAAACCCCAGUAAAGCAAUUUGUACAGAAGUGGCCAGAUUAAUUGUAUGCAAGUACCCUGGGACUUUUGCUGAUAAGACUGGAGAAGGUGAGCAGCUGGGGUGUGGUUAUUAUUCACUGUUCAGACAGCUUAAAACCAGAGUUGAGCACAUAAAUAGAGACAAUGUCAGUAAUCGAAUCCGACAGCCUAGGAAAAGGUCCAGUGAUGACAGCAGUGGUAAUGAUGCUGCCAUAAAAAGAAGCAGAACAGAUGUGGAUAGUUAUGGGUGUACAAAAUGGCAACCCACUAAUCUUCCACAAGGAGAAACGGCAGAAUCAUUGGAAGACAAGAGAAAGAUCUUGAUAACCAUCUUCAAGUCAGAAGGACCUACAGCUGUUGAGGCAAUGGACGUAGAGAGGAAUAUGGAAUUGACCUAUAUAUAUCAGAGGCACAUGAUAAAUACAUGGCCCCCUCCCAGUCUGUGUGAAGUUGAGGAGCAAUGGCCAUUUCUCUUCACUAAAAGAGGUCUCUGCAGUCAUUUUCAUAUGCUCAUUGAUAUUGAUACACGCCUCCAUGAAGCUUUCCUCACCAAGGGCAGGAGGAUUAUUAACUUUUUCCUAAAUCAAAGACUAAAAUGGAGCCAGGACAUCCAGGCUUUGCUACGAGAGAUGGAGCAUGAAAGCAUGAACAACCAUCAGGUCCCUAUCGCUGCCAUUCUUCUUUUAAUGAAAUACUUUCAAGAGAAAGAGGACCACAUCUUCAUCUUGAGAGAUCCAACCUCGACCAAGAUGUCGGUUGAGCAGGAGAUGACAUUGCCUACCACACCACGGGUGAUCAUGCUAGGGAGUAGUCUGCUGUUUGCAACCCACUGGAUGGUCAGCAUUGAGGGGAAGGUAUUCUAUGAAGCUAACCAACUUCAUAACUUUGCCAGUGCUUUCGCUGUCUUUUUCGGCUCCUUUUAUGUGUUCAAUCUGGAGUAUCAGGAGUCAGCAUCCACUACGCUGGAGAUGGUACAGAGAUUCUUUGUCAGGAUCAAUCCUGAAGAGGGCACAAAGUGCACUGCAAAAUUUGGUACAAGCCGAAAGACGGGUGGAACUGUACAAAGAAAAGUUGCCGCCAUCAACUCCCGGGUAGCAACAUUCCUGCAGAGGCUUACGGAAUUUGAAUGGAAGACUGCAAAUUAGAAAGGAAUUGAUGCCACCUGACCAGUGAUCUGCCGUGAUUGGUGGAGUGGAAGUUUGGAACUGUUUUGAAGUGCAUUUUUAUUGUGAUUUUUAUUUUAUUUUAUUUGUUUUGUAACUUAGUUUUGUUUUAAUAUUAGAUGAUUUGUUUAAAAUAAAAUAUUUGUUUGACAAAGAAGCACAAUAAACAAUAUG